UCCACAGAGCGCCUCAAAAUGGCGGCAGCUUCUUCCAUCCAGCCGCCGGAUCCGCUCGCCCUCACCCAGCGCAGCUCGCCGUGCCCCCGCUCCGAGAGCCCCGAGAGCCGCCAGGAGGAAGACGCGGCGGCCGAGGGCACCAUCCUGCGGGACCUGCCCGACCUGGAGCCGGAGGAGAUCGAGAAGAGGCUGGAGAAAACUCGCCGGGAGCUGAGCAACAGGAGGAAGAUCCUCAUCAAGAACCUGCCACAGGACGCGACCAGCCAGGAGGUCCAUGAAAUUCUGCGGGAGUAUGAGCUCAAGUACUGCUUUGUGGACCGGAACAAAGGAACAGCCUUUGUAACACUCCUAAACGGUGACCAGGCGCAAGAUGCCAUCCGUUCACUGCACCAAACGUCAGUCCGUGGCCGUGACAUCACCGUCCAGCUGCAGCCCACUGAUUCGCUGCUGUGUGUCACCAACCUGCCUCACACCUUCACUGCCACUCAGUUCCAGGAGCUGGUGCGGUCCUACGGGAACAUCGAGCGCUGCUUUCUGGUCUACAGUGAGCUGACGGGCCACUCCAAAGGCUAUGGCUUUGUGGAGUACAUGAAGAAGGACUCGGCCUCUAGGGCUCGCUCAGAACUGCUGGGCAAAGUGCAGGGCGACCGCACGCUCAUGGUGCAGUGGACCGACGUCAACCAGCUGACCACUGCCGAACACCUCCACUCCAAGUGCCUGUGUGUGGACCGGCUGCCUGCUGAUUUUGACGACUCAGAAGAGCUGGCACACAUCUUCUCUGUACGCUACAAGCCUGUCUUCUGCCAGCUGGCGCAGGAUGAGGGCAGUCCGGUGCGGGGUUUUGCGGUGGUGGAGUACGAAACAGCAGAGCAGGCAGAGGCCAUGCUGCUGGAGAUGGACCGACACAUCAUCCAGGGCCAUGAGAUCCGCCUCUCUCUGUGCAGCCCAGGAACAGCCGGCCGGAGCACACUUGCUGCACUCAUUGCUGCUCAAGGAGUGAUGCUGAGCAAUAAAAAGGGUUUACUGCCUGAGCCGAAUCUGGCUCAGCUCCUCAACAGCAUGACCAAUCCAGCUGCCCUUCAGGUGCUUAUGAGACCAUACCACGCUGGCAAACGAGGAGGGAAGUUUCGUCCUCACGCUGUUCCCUUUCUCCGGCCGCCACUGACAGCAGCGCUGCUUCAACUCGGAAAAGCACAGCAGAAUGCCAUGCUGGGGAACGGACUGGUUCUGCAGAACCUUCUCCACAUGCAGAUGGCCCAACAGCAACUUCUACACAUUAAGGACAAGCACAUCACUAAUAUUCCCAGUCUUUUAGGUGACCCCUCCCGGUUACUUCUCCAUAAAGUUCUGGGUCUGCGUGCUCCGGCUCCGGUGCCUUUGGCGAAGGGGCUGCUGGGAGAUUCCCCCACUGAGUUGGGUCAGGAGUCCACUCCUGUUACAUCCCAGGCCGGAGGCUCCAUAGCAGGGGUGAUGAGUUACACCCCAGGCCGCUCUCACACCAGCUCGGGCACUGAGCAGAACGGCGUCCCGGCCACCUCCACUGCCCCAGACAAGCAGCCUGCACCUCCAGGAACCACAGGGGCCUCUGCUAAUGCUCAAGCUCAGCUACACAGCUUCCUUCCUGGGUUAACCAGAGCAGGCCUGGGGCCCUUAUUGGGGAACACAGCUCACAAAGCUCCGCUCAACCCUCACAGUACUACACCAGAGACUAGUGCUCCAGUUACAACUCAACCCAGCUGUCAGACGUCGCUGCUGGGAGAACCACCCAAAGAGGUGAAACUUCCCUCCAAUCCCUACCUAAACCUGGCCAGUGUACUGCCUGGAGUGGUACUGCAAGCCCCCAGCAGCAGCAGCAGUGGUAAAGGUCAGGCAGUUCAGGCAGUCAGUGGAACCUACAGCUCAGUCCUGCCUCCAGCUUCACUCUCGAGCACUCAGUACAGCACUGAGAGCAACACAUCAGAGUACACACACCAGUACACUCAGCAAUACUCACAGGAGGCCAUGCAACAGUGGUACCAACAAUACCAGACACAGAGCUACAACAACAGUGGCCAAGAGACUGCUACAGCCAGCGAAUACAGCAAGGAACAACCUCAGGCUGUAGUAACGUCCUCAUAUGGAGACUACACUACCUAUAUGCAGGCUGUCAGUCAGUACUAUUCUCAGACUCAGAUGAAUCAGGCUGCUGCACAAGCCUACCAGCAGAGAGACCUCAGCAAGGAGCUGGAGGUAGUAAAGCCCCCCCUGGCUGCCCCUCUGUCUCUGAAUGGCACUGCCCAAACCAUGCUGCCCGCCUACAGUGCCCUGCCAAUCAUGCCUGGCUUCAUCACCCCCACACAUGCUCACACACACACGCCCAGCCCUGUCACGCACAGCGCACACACAGCGACAGACUGGAACCAGUAUUACUAUAGUCAGGCGCGAGGACAGAAGCGAGAAUACCCUGCACUGCCCGUACAGGAGGUGACAUCGGAGGGGCCGUACAUUGGCCAGCAUUCUCAGGGCCUUGGUGGCCAGUAUGCCGACUACUUCAAAAAGAAAAGAAUUUAGAGAAUAUACACACAGUCGCACUCUCACACUCAUGGAAGCACACAAUUUUCUUGACUACAUUGUCGUUGUCAUGUCCAAGCCUUAAGUCUAAACUCUGCCCUCGAUAGCUGAGACUGAUUAUGUUUAGUGUGUGAAGGUUUGUGUUCUCUCUGCAAGGUCUGAAUGUGCUCAGGCCUCUUUAUUCCUGGCUUUAAAGCCCGGCUGUUUCUCUGAAUGUGGCACACUUUGUGCUGUGUAAUGGAAGGCACUGUGCUUUUGACAUUCUUCUCUCCUGCCAUUACUUCUGAUUGCCUCUGUGUCCUUCUCGCUCUCUCUCUCCCAGGCAGGGUACUUUUCCACUCCAGGGGAAUAUGUGUGUGUGUGUGUGUGUGUGUGUAUGUGUUUUCUUUGUAAGUGGUCAAGGGCUGUAAAAAAAAAAAACAGAACUAUACUCAGAGAAUUAUAAUCAUUUUUAAAUAGAUUUUGCUUUAAAGAGUUGGACC